AUGGACCGAGAAAUCCGUCGGGGGCGCACUCUGGGCAAGUUUGGUGAGACACAGCCCUUGUCGCGUACCCAGCUUAACUUGAUACCAAGGAGCCAGUCACUAACACCUUCUCAAGCGAUCGCUGCCGUCGUUCAUGGACUUACUGGAACAUACUCAGACGGAAGAUCAGAUGUUAUGGCGAUGGCGAAAAGCUACUAUCAAAACGAAGGUGUCGAUGACAGUGGUAAUGGUUCUGCUCCCUCCAAAACACCGGAGCCUGCCAUCAGUGCGGUUACGCAGGCCUCAAAACCUCACGAUCAAGGACUGUUGCAGCAGCAGCAUGUCGUCACGGGACAGUCGCCGUUAAACCUCUUUCCUGUCAACAGUACAGAUAGACCAACGACGACCACAUGGCCGCGUCAAACAGACGUCUCGUCAGCUUCCAGAGCCAGACAGGGACCAGAGCCUGUGGUUGGGCACAUGGGCAGACUGGUGUCCAACGACGACCAGGUUGCCAUGUUUGCAGGGUCAUCGACGGGCGUCCACUUCAUCAGUCAGGCUGAGCAACAGCUGCAGAUGCUGCGGAUACAUACCGACACGUUCCCGAGUAGCGUAUACAAUCUCUACCUGCACAACAUUUGGGGCGUCCCUCCCAAAGACUCCGAGUCGCAGGUGGUUGCUGCAAUGAUCUCCCAACUUCCUCUCAACGCGGCGGGUAUCCUCGAAGCAACCAUUGACCGCUGGACACCGCUUUACCCGGUUGUGCACAAACACUCUACCCUCGAAGCUUUCCGUCGGUUAAGCGAAAACCCCGAGCAUGGCGACCCCAGCACGUUGCACCAGGUUCUUGGCCUACUUGCGCUAGGAACCCUCGGGCUCCCGGGUUCUUGCGUCGAGAGCCACCAGCACUUCUUGUGCCUUUCCGAGACGUACUACACAAUGGCUUCCGCCUUGACGAACAUUCUUCAUGAGAGACCGUCUCUGCCAACACUCCAAGGGCUCGAGAUUUCUCAGAUCUACCUGCAGUUAUCGUCACGUUAUUCGGUCGCUUCUCAGCUUGGCGGGAUGGCUACCAGAAUGGCACAGAACCUCGGGCUUCACCGCCACUCUCAACGGUUCAAAUUCGAUCCUCUAGAGACCGAACUGCGGCGUCGCGUGUGGUGGUGUCAAUACUCGCUCGAUACGUGGGUUGCCCCAUGUCCCCCAACUCGCCUCUGUCCAGACGACAAACCUGACAUGCCUCACAGGUUUUCCAGCGCCUAUCACGGCAUGCCCAGGCUCAUCCGAGACCAGGACGUGGACACCGAUCUCCCGUCACGGGUCGAUCACGACCAAGUGUCUCGCGAGAGCGUUGCUUUCCCCUUGCCCGGGGAACGGUCCCAAGUCGACACGGCAUUAUGCCUGUUCAAACUAGCCGUCAUCGUCGGAGAGGCCCUGGAAAAGCUGUACUCGACAACCCGGCGGCGUGGUGGCGUAACAAAGGUCAACCAACUGCAAGCCGAACUGACCAUGUGGGAACGAAUGCUACCCAUGCACAAGGCGGCCGACCCCGAAGACGACGGCGCAGACCUGGCCCCUGUCGCAGCGAUAGAUACGUUCGAGGUGACGUUCCUCCGCGCUGCCUUCUACAACGCCACGGUCCAUGUGCACCGGCCAGCCCUCGCCUUCACGACGGCCGACCCGCAGUUCAACGUCUCCCUGCUCGCGUGCGGCCGCGCCUCGGCCGAGCUAAUCCGACUUUCCGCCACCAGCGUGUCCGAUUCGAAAAACGACGACGGGCCGAACCAGGGGAUCGACGCCGUCAUCAUUGCCCACCUCUACCCGAACGGGCUACACAUGCUGUGGCAGGCCGGCUUGACGCUGCUGUUCGCGAGGUGGAAAGGUCAGCCGAUCGCAGGCGACGAGGAGGACGAAGACCUGGUCAGGAGCUGCGCCGAAACACUGCGGCACUUGAGAGCCGGCGACGCGAGUGGGUAUGUCGCCCAGUGCGCCGACGUCCUCGACAUGCUCCGGGAGAAGACCUUUUCUGCCAGAGAGGCCCAGCAGCCGGCGGCGCUCGACCAGUUGCAGUGGAACGUCUGGGAUUGGCCCAUGGCGUCGGCGUUGGAGCUUGCAAACACCCUGGACGCCAUGCCGAUGGAUCUCCAGUUUGACACGGGAUUGGGUCUCUACGAUCCAGGGGUUGCUGCUCAGCAGAAGACGACGACGGUCAAUGACGAGAGACGAGCGUAA